CCGGUACGGUGUGAUCAACCCCAUUGAGGAAGAUCAUCAUCGAUUGAAAACUUCAAAACGAAGAGGCGAAUCAAAAGAAGAAGAAGAAGAAGAAGAAGGGAGAGGUAAUAGCAAUGGGGGUCGAUUACUACAAGCUACUUCAGGUGGAUCGGAACGCAAAAGACGACGACUUGAAGAAAGCUUAUCGGAAACUGGCCAUGAAGUGGCAUCCUGACAAGAACCCUAACAACAAAAACGACGCCGAAGCCAAAUUCAAACAGAUCUCUGAAGCUUACGAUGUUUUGAGUGAUCCUCAAAAGCGAGCAAUCUAUGAUCAAUACGGAGAAGAAGGUCUAAGUAGCCAGGCUCCACCUCCAGGAGCAGGCGGGUUUCCGGGUGGUUCAGAUGGAGGUGCUUCGUUCCGGUUUAACGGAAGAAGCGCUGAUGAUAUCUUCUCGGAGUUCUUUGGCUUCUCAAGACCUUCCUUUGGUGGAGACUCACGUGGUGCAGGUCCCUCUGGUGGUGGGUUUCGCUUUGCGGAAGACGUUUUUGCUUCUUCGAAUGUUCCACCUAGGAAAGCUGCACCUAUCGAGAGACAACUUCCUUGUAGUUUAGAGGAUCUUUACAAAGGAAUCACUAAGAAGAUGAAGAUCUCUAGAGACGUCCUUGAUUCAAGCGGGAGACCGACAACAGUUGAGGAGAUCUUGACAAUAGAAAUCAAGCCAGGGUGGAAGAAAGGGACAAAGAUAACUUUCCCGGAGAAAGGGAAUGAGCAACGAGGAAUUAUACCGUCAGAUCUUGUAUUCAUAGUUGAUGAGAAGCCACAUGCUGUUUUCAAGCGAGAUGGGAAUGACCUUGUGAUCACACAGAAGAUCCCUCUCGUGGAAGCACUUACGGGUUACACCGCUCAGGUCACGAGUUUGGAUGGAAGAACAGUAACGGUUCCGAUCAACAGUGUGAUCAGUCCUUCUUAUGAAGAAGUGGUGAAAGGCGAAGGCAUGCCGAUCCCUAAAGACCCAUCGAAAAAAGGGAACUUGAGAAUCAAAUUCAGCAUUAAGUUCCCGUCAAGGUUAACGACAGAGCAGAAAUCUGGAAUCAAACGAAUGUUUUCGUCUACGUAGUCACCCUCUUUCUCUCUUACUGCUACGUUUGGUUACGGUUAUAUCAGCUUGGUCGUUGUGGAGUGCUUAGGAUUGUGGCCGUGUGGGUGUUUGCUGGGAGAUUGCUACCAACAUCAUUCAACGCUUUUGGUUUGAGGUUUUAACAUUAUAGUAGAGUUUUUUUCGUUUAUCUUAUUUAAAUUGUUAUUAGAUUGACGGAAGAAAACCAAAUAAAGAUUUUUUUACUUCUUUAGUUUGUUAAGAGCUUUCUAAUUCUUUAAAAUACAAAAAUGAGAAGACAAAAACUUAUGUA